UCCGCCCUCCUCAACAUGGCGCUGCGCUCAAUGCGGAAGACGCGUGGGUGCUGGGGCUUCAUCCGGGCACUUCAUAAAGCACCCGAAGCUGCUCCUGCUCCCCAGAAAGAUGCUGUGAGGCGAGUAUUCUCUGGCAUUCAGCCCACAGGAACCCCCCACCUGGGCAAUUACCUGGGGGCCAUUGAGAGCUGGGUGAGCUUGCAGAACGAGCCCGGCUCCGUGCUGUACAGCAUCGUUGACCUGCACUCCAUCACUGUCCCCCAAGACCCAGCGGUCCUGCGCCAGAGCAUCUUGGACAUGACUGCGGCUCUCCUGGCCUGUGGCAUAAACCCAGAGAAGAGCAUCCUUUUCCAGCAAUCUCAGGUGGCUGAACACACACAAUUAAGUUGGAUCCUUACCUGCAUGGUCAGACUACCCCGAUUACAGCAUUUACACCAGUGGAAGGCAAAGAGUGCCAAGCAGAAGCACGAUGGAACCGUGGGCCUGCUCACGUACCCGGUGCUCCAGGCAGCCGAUGUCCUGCUAUACAAGUCCACACACGUUCCUGUCGGGGAGGAUCAAGUCCAGCACAUGGAGCUAGUUCAGGACCUAGUGCGAGGAUUUAACAAGAAGUAUGGGGAGUUCUUCCCGGUGCCCAAGUCCAUUCUAACAUCGAUGAAGAAAGUAAAAUCUCUCCGUGAUCCUUCUGCCAAAAUGUCGAAAUCAGACCCGGACAGACUGGCCACCGUCAGAAUAACAGACAGCCCAGAGGAGAUAGUGCAGAAGUUCCGCAAGGCGGUGACGGACUUCACCUCGGAGGUCACCUAUGACCCGGCCCACCGCGAGGGUGUCUCCAACCUGGUGGCCAUCCACUCCGCCGUGACAGGGCUCCCCGUGGAGGAAGUGAUCCGCCAGAGCGCCGGCCUCGACACUGCUCACUACAAGCUGCUGGUGGCAGAUGCUGUGAUUGAGAAAUUCGCUCCAAUUAAGAGUGAAAUUGAAAAACUGAAGAUGGACAAGGACCACUUAGAGAAGGUUUUACAAAUGGGGUCAGCAAGAGCCAAGGAAUUAGCAUAUCCUGUGUGCCAGGAGGUGAAGAAGCUGGUGGGGUUUCUAUAGGAAGUUUCAACUGAUCACAGAAAGGCUCUUCCGUUUUGUGGUCUGUGCACUCCAAGAAAGGCAGCUUUCCUCCUGGACAAGCAGAAAAUUGUAGUUUGGGGGCUAUUUAAUUUGGUGUACUUGGUAUUGGCUUCAUUUGAUGAAGAAUGUUUUGUGGCCUGCAAAUAGAGCAGGAUUCUAAAUCCCAUCAGCAAAAUGCUGUGGCCAGG